CGCUCGCGCUCCUGUGCGUAAACAGAAGCGGUGAAGUGGAGCUCCAUGCAGAUGCGGAGGAGGCGGAUCAGAUGAAGGAGUUCACCCGUAACUGACAGCACAUCGACGAGCUGCCGGUCUAUUAACAGGGUAACGUGUCCAGUCUGAAGGAACUGAUAAAGAUGGAGUUUAUUAAAGAGGAGAGCGAAGACGUGAAGAUCAUAGAAAUGGUCACAAUAAAAUAUGAAGACCCUGAGGAACAAACAGACCCAGUGGAGCUGAAAGAAGAACCUCAGGAACUGAUUGAAAUGCAAGAGAAACAUCAAUGUGAGACGCAACAAGUUUUAGCGACUGAAGAGCAGCCCACAGUGGCUACACAGACUUCAUCACACACCAGCAAAUCUCCUCAGAAAAGCAAGCCUAGCAGUCUUUUCAUUUGCUGUCAGUGUGGAAAGAGUUUCACUCGAAAGCAAUCCCUCGAAGGCCACAUGAAUCUCCACAACGGAGAGAAACCGUACUCGUGCCAACAAUGUGGGAAGAGUUUCAGGCAGAAGCCAAACCUUAGGGUUCACAUGAGAGUUCACACUGGGGAGAAGCCUUACACCUGCAAACAGUGCGGGAAGAGUUUCAGUCUAAUCCAAGGCUAUAAAAUCCACAUGAGAUCUCACACUGGAGAGAAGCCGUACGUCUGCCAACAGUGUGGUAAAGGUUUCAGUCAAAUAUCCUCCUUUAACUCGCACACGAGGAUUCACACCAGAGAGAAGCCGUACUCCUGCCAACUCUGUGGUAAGGACUUCAGUAUAAAACAGCACCUCAAUGACCACAUGAUAAUUCACUCCGCAGAGAAGGCAUUCGAAUGCCAGCAAUGCGGAAAGACUUUCUUUCUGAAAAGACACCUUAAAAAGCACAUGAUGGUUCACAGCGGAGAGAAGAACUUCACCUGUCAGCUUUGCGGAAACAGUUUCACUCAGAUGUACAGCCUUAAACGACACAUGAGGAUUCACUCCGGAGAGAAGCCGUACUCUUGCCAACAGUGUGGAAAGCGUUUCACGCAGAACAACAGCCUCGAUAUCCACAUCAGAACUCACACGGAGAGAUCGUUCACUUGUCAAGAGUGUGGAGAAAGUUUUAACCAAAAGAGUGACCUUAAUAACCACAUGAAGACUCACAGCGAAGAGAAGGCGUUUCCAUGCGGUCAGUGUGAAAAGAGCUUCUCGCGUAAGGACAACCUCAAUCGGCACAUGAGGGCUCAUAUAAGCGAGUGUGUUAUCAGUCUGGAAUGAGCUUCCAUCAUCGUAAAAGCAGAUUUAAAUCUCAACGAGGCUCCACACUGGAAUGCAGAGAUGCCUGUCCCUAACCUCAACCCCCACUGACAUCACUUGUAGAAGAAGUGCAGCAAGGAGGAGCCCUCCCCCUUGCUGGAGCUCAGCUCUGCCCUUGUGGCUCUGCAGGAAGUACCGCUUGAAAAUUGACGGUUUAAUUCUGAAUAGGAUUUUCUGAGCAUUAAUCUCCUCUUUCUCUUCUUGAUUGGUUGAAUAAACAACUGCUGAUGUUGAUCUGCUAUCCCUGAUCUCAGAGUUCAGCUAAAGCCUAGUUCACACUACAUGACUUUAAACAUUGAGGGAUCGCUGUGCCAUACUUUUUUAUUGCCUUUGGUGACGACAAGCCAAUACGAAGUCCAAAAUGAUUGCCAACAUCUUUCAGCUUCUUAUCACUCCAUUGAAUGUCCUCCGAAUGACCUUCGGUGAGAGAGAUGGAAAUAUGCCAAUGGUGCUCAACCCUGUUCCUGGAGAUCCAUCUUCCUGCAGAUUUCAGUUGCAACUCUGACCAAACACACCUGCCUGUAAUGAUCAAGUGCUGUUCAGGUCCUUAUUAAUUGGUUCAGGUGUGAUUGAUCAAGUUCGGAGCUGAACUCUGUAGAAAGGUAGAUCUCCAGGAACAGAGUUGAUCACCCCUGAAAUAUGCGAUUCCUCAUAUUAUUAAAAAGUGAAUAUUUUACCUUGCGAUCCUUAGUAUCAUCUCCUUGACUGGGUAAUGAUGUAUCCUUGCGUUCAUAAUUUGCGGACACCCUCCACAAAGUGCAAUUUUACAAAGACUGCAGAUCACCUAUUACUUGCUGAUUUUCCCAUGAUCACAGCCUGAUCUGUCAGCGAGCUCGUUCACUUGCAAAUCUGGCAUACAAUUCUGCAUAAGUUUUAAACUCAAUUGCUGAAGGGUUUUGUUCCAACCCUAAACAGACACACCUGAUCCAACUAAUCAAUGUGUUCAAGACUACUCCUGAACACCUUGAUUAGUUGGAUCAGCUGAGAGCUGCGGCCCUCCAGGAAUUGAGUUUGAGACCUAUGCAUGAACUAGGCAUUACUUGACCAAACACUUGACCUAUGAAAGGAUCCAGCCAAUGAGUUUGAGAGCCUUUGUUAAACUCCAUCUGAAAGUACACCGAAGGAGGGAUAUAAAUGAUGACUGCUCCAGGAUUGGCAAAUAUCCUAUGUGUUAUGGGGAUUAAUAAAGUUGAAUUUGUCUUUAAGUUUAGUGGUGCCCAAACUCAGUCCUGCAAAGAUUAGUUCCAACCAGGGCUUAAUUUGUGCCAGAACACUCCGGAUAUGGCACCUCUCAAAUCUAAUCCGGCACUUCAUUUUACCUCUCCCCCUCCUCAACCGCCCUUUUCCCAAAUCCGCUGUUCGCUUUCACUUUCUUCCGCGACUCCCCAACCCUUUUCACUUGCUUCUGCAACAACCCGCCCCCCCCC